AUGAAGCAAACAAGGAGGCCCGUAUUCUCCAUUUUGGUGCUUUUUAUUGUGGCUUGUGCCAUCUACUAUGUUGCCUCGGGUGAUUCUGUGUCCUUGGGAGAGUCAGUGCCGAUGUCCACUAAGAAGACCACUCAGUCAGACAAAUCAGCAGGAACACAGGCUGAUUUGGUACUUAACAACCAGGUAGCCGGAAACAAAAAAGUCGCCCAGUCUGAUGAAAGCUCUCAGGAUGUGGGAGAUUUCACAGAUACCCCUUUCAUGCCGAAAAUGGCCAACGAAACUCUCAAAGCUCAACUUGGAAACUCAGCAUGGCAUCUUUUGCAUACGGUAUUGGCUCGGUACCCUGACAAGCCCACUGAUCAGGAGAAGAAUACGCUUAAGCAGUACAUAUUCUUUUUCGGACAGGUGUAUCCUUGCGGAGAUUGUGCUCGUCACUUCCAAAAGCUUUUAAAGGCAUUUCCACCACAAGUCAACAGUCGGAAAACAGCAGCACUUUGGGGAUGUCACAUUCAUAACCAAGUGAACGAAAAGUUGAAGAAGCCCGAGUAUGAUUGUACGACCAUCUUAGAGGACUAUGAUUGUGGAUGUGGAGAUGAUGAAAAGGCGAAUGAUUUCACACUUGGAAAUACUAGCUUGGAGCACUUGCGUGAGGUGAAAGUUGACGAAAAGGGUGGUAAACAGGGAGGUUAA